GGCAUGCUAGCUCACAUUUACUCACAGCAACAGCAACAAGUCCAUUUGUGAAUCCUUCUCACAGCACCAAAUUCAAUCCUCAUCUGCCUGCUUCUCUUUUGUAUCCAGAAGAAGCUUCACAAAGCAACCAAAAAAACAACAACAUAAGAACUCUUCGUUCCUCCCAAAACCUUAAGUCACCAAUAUUCAAGAUUAUAAGCAAUGGAUGUUGUGAACCGCUUUGUUGAGCAGAAGCCUUUGGUAAUCUUUACCAAGAGUUCUUGUUGCAUAAGCCACUCAGUGACGCAACUCAUAAGCAGUUAUGGAGCAAAUGCAACAGUCUAUGAGCUGGAUAACAUGUCUAAUGGACAAGAAGUAGAUAAAGCGCUCCAAAGAUUAGGGCUUAGGCCAAGUGUUCCUGCUGUUUUUAUAGGGCAAAUAUUAGUUGGUGGAGCUAAAGAGAUUAUUAGCCUGCAGGUUCAAGGAAGACUUGUGCCAAUGCUCAAGGAGGCAGGAGCUUUAUGGGUUUAGAAUAAAAGAACUACAUUUAGCAAGAAAACUACAAUGCCAUAAUUUUCAGAUUUGAUUUUUUUUUCUUUUUUUGUUGCUAUAAGUUUCAUAUUUGUAACUAAGAAGGAUCUAGUUUCUUCGGUUUUGUUUCCCUUCUACCUGUCUUUUUCAUGGUAGGAUGGAAGGGUAAUUGACAUUAGCCCCUAAUGUAAGAAGCAGUCUACGUUUCAUGGUGUUUUCAAAUUUCAA